UAUCGGAGGAGGAUUUUAGAUUUAGGAAAUUCUCAGCAGAGCAUCCGAGGGGCUUUUGAAAAAUUCAAUUCUUUAGACGCUCAUGAAGAAAUCAGGGAUUUCCUCAGUGCUGGGUCCUGCCACCACCAUGGUUCCAGCGGUUGAGCUCUGCUGAAGCCUGGGCAUCAUGUACAGUGUAGAAGACCUCCUGAUCUCUCAUGGAUACAAACCGUCGAGAGACCUCCCGGCACCGCGCGAGGAUAACCCCAAGGGGCGCCAGGCAGCGAGGACUGGGACACGAGCAGGCCAGGGCCUGCAGAAUGGGCAUGAGGAUGGCCCUGCGGCCCUCGCACAUCGUAAGACGUCCGCGGGGAAAGGACACGUGAGUGACUCCGAAAGCCGCCGCAGCACACCGAGAGGCCCUGGGGAGCCCCAGAGCACUUCUGCUUCCAGAACCUCAGAGGCGGGGUUUUAUAAUCAACCCACCUCAGCACGGUCCUCUCAUCCCCUGACUGGUAAUGACCAAGCCUACCGGAGAAGAGGACGGCAAGAAGCCAGGAGCCAGAAGCCGAGGGAGCAUGAAAACCUAGAGGCCAGAGGAAUGGCCCAAGCCCACAGCCUGCCUGUCCACAUGAGGGAGGGUCCAUGGGAAGUUGGAGGAAGGUCAGAGCAUGUGAUGAAGAAGCCAGUUUGGGAAGAAGAAUUGAGAAUGUCGGGUCCUGCCAAGUGGCAGAAUGUCAGCCUGGAAAGCUGGAACCAACCAAGGAAAUUAGGGAGGCAGAUGUCUGAUGGGGAUGGGGAGAGACUGUUUAAAGACCUGUACCCAUUCAUUCAAGGAGAACAUGUGUUGAAUUCUCAAAACAAAGGGAAAUCCCGCUCACUGCCUAGAGUUCUUUCCCCCGAGAGUCUGAGUUGCACCGAAAUUCCCAUUCCAUUCAAUGAAAGACAUUCACCUAAAAUGCCACCGUAUCCUCCCACUUGCACACCGAAUUUGGACUCCACGAGGAAUUCUGAGAAGGGUGGCUGCUCAGCCCCAUUUCCCCGGCCUAAGUUUGGGAGGCCCCUCAAGCCCCCAUCUUACAGCUCGCACCAGCAGUCUAGGGGAGGAGCGGACAGCAGUGACUCUCAGGACAGCCAGCAGAUGGACGCCUAUGUCCCCAGGCAUGAGCUCUGCCUGUCCGACCCUGGAUUGGAACCUCCAGUGUAUGUGCCUCCGCCCUCAUACAGAUCCCCCCCACAGAACAUCCCAAACCCCUACCUGGAAGACACAGCGCCCAUAAAUGUGUGUGGCGAUCACAGUCAACAGCAGUCUCCGACCGAGAAGGCUGGGGCCAGCGGUCAGCCUCCUUCGGGCCCCCCUGGAACUGGGAGUGAGUAUGGUGCGAGCGUCCGCUCGCCUCAGGGGCUCCCUGCACACCCCCGACCCGUCACUGCCUACGACGGCUUCGUUCAGUACAUUCCCUUUGAUGAUCCACGGUUACGACAUUUUAAACUAGCUCAGCCCCAGGGUUUCUGUGAAGACAUAAAGCUUGACGAUAAAUCAUAUAACUCCAGUCCUGUCACUGCCCAAGAGCCGGCUCAUGGAGGAAUGCAGCCUGAUGGUGCCAUUUGGAAUCCACAGAGCUUAAUAACCCUGUCGGGGGAUCAGAGAGGCCCGGUCUUGGCCAGUCCCAGCCCCCGGUGGCUGUGGGGCCAGCUCCCCGGGGAUGGGGAAAACAGCGGCCUCCCUGACCAGAGAGGCCACUGUGUGGCAAGGGGACAGUGGCCUGAUGUGAGAGGCAGCCAGCACGGGCACACUGGGAGACAAGUUUCCUCCCCGUACUCACAGGGCGAGAGCACCUGCGAAACUCAAACCAAGCUCAAAAAGUUCCAAACUGGGACUCGGACCAAGAAAAGUUCAAAGACAAAAAUGAAUGAGACUAUAUUUUGUUUGGUUUCUAUCCCAGUGAAAUCAGAAUCACAUCUGCCAGAUAGAGAUAUGGACAACAAUGACUUAAAGCCCAGUGCUGAUCAAAAGAAUGGGUCUGAUAAGAGCCCGGCUCUGCAAGAACAGAGUCUGCUGAGCAUGUCUUCCACCGACCUGGAGUUGCAGGCCCUCACAGGAAGCAUGGGUGGGAGAACGGAGUUCCAAAAACAAGAUCUAGGGGAACCAGAAGAAGACAGACAAACAAAUGACCUCAGUUUCAUCCACCUUACAAAGCACAGAGAACUCAAGCAUUCUGGCUCUUGGCCAGGGCACCGGUACAGAGAUCAGCAAACACAAACCAGUUUCUCCGAGGAACCCCAAAGUUCACAGCUGCUCCCUGGUGCAAAGCCAGGAGGGCCGAGUUGUGCAGCUUUGAGUCCAAAACGUUCAGACCCUGCUGCCUCCGAAGCUCAGGCGCACACAGCAUUCCCUUCUGGCGAUCACAAACAGAGGCCAAGUGCCCGUAACCUGAAGGGCCACAGGUCCCUCAGCCCAUCCAGCAACAGUGCUUUCUCAAGGACUUCCUUGUCCGUAGAUCAGGCACCGAUGCCAAAAGCAGGCCGAAGUCAGCCCUGCGUGGAUGUCCACGGGCUUGGAGCCCACCCUGGGCCUAAGCGGGAGGUGGUGAAGGGGGAGCCCACAGGCCCGUGCAACAGUAAACAACUCUUUGGGCAGUUUCUCCUGAAACCGGUCAGCCGUCGUCCCUGGGAUUUGAUCAGUCAGUUAGAGAGUUUUAACAAGGAGCUCCAGGAAGAGGAAGAAAGCAGCAGUAGCAGCAGCAGUAGCAGCAGUGAGGAAAGUGAGGCAGAGCCGCAGCAGGAGAACCGCGCUCACUGCACACAGGAAGAUGUGGGCUUCCGCAGAAACAGCCUGGAAAUGAGGGCUGAGCCACAGCCGAGGGUGUGGGUGCCGGAGAGCCCUGUGUGCAGGUCGGGAAGAGGUAAGAGUAAGUCUGAGAGCUGGAGUGAGGAGCUGCAGCCUGGCCACCCACGUGCCUGGCCUCCAUCCCCAGGCCGCUUCUGCAUGGAAGACAGUGGCGGUGCACCUUUGUGGUCAGCAGAUGGAAGCAUGAGUGCAGAGAAGAGACACCUGGAGGUUAGCAAUGGAAUGGACGAGCUGGCAGGCAGCCCAUUUCCUGUGAUGAGAAUGUCAAGAUCAAGUGAUGCAAAACCACUGCCCCCAUCCUAUCCAGCUGAACCUCGGGAGCCCCAGGAAAGUCAGAAAACCACCAGUGCUUUCAGCUCUGUGAAACCAAGUGAAGCGGUCCCUCGGAAGGGUGACAGUGGUGGAGAGAGGAGCACAGGGCUCCCGCUGUCCCUGUCUAACAAGAACCGAGGGCUCUCAGCUCCAGACUUACGGUCUGUGGGGCUCACCCCUGGGCAAGAGCAGGGUGCCAGCGAGCUAGUGGGGUCUUUGGGUGAAGCGAGCACGAUAGAAAUCCCCCCAGGUGAGUCCUUGCAAGCCAGGGCUGCAAGGAUCCUGGGCAUUGAGGUGGCAGUGGAGUCCCUCCUGCCGGGCACCCAGAGAGUGGCACAGAACCAGCCUGCUGAGCCCGAUGCAAGUGCCUACACCCCAGAGUCCCCCCAGGAAGAGUUGCCAUCUCGCCCAGCACCGGCAGAUGUCCCCAGGGUGUCCACUGAUGCCUUUUAUGGCAGGAGGAAGUGUGGCUGGACCAAGAGCCCUCUCUUUGUAGGGGACAGGGACAGUGCCAGGCGGGCUCCUCAGGCUUUCGAGCACUCAGAUGUGGACGGGGUUGUCACCAGCACAGACCCCGUCCCUGAGCCUGAGCCCAACCCCUUGGAGUCCAAGGUCUUCGAACAAAAGGAUGUGGAGACAAAACCACCCUUCAGGUCCACGUUGUUCCAUUUUGUAGAAAGAACCCCAAGUGUGGCAGGCUCAGAAAAGAGACUCAGAAGCCCUUCCAAAGUGAUUGAAAGUUUACAAGAGAAACUGGCCUCCCCGCCUAGGAGAGCAGACCCUGACCGCCUGAUGAGAAUGAAAGAGGUGAGCUCAGUGUCACGGAUGAGAUUCCUGAGCUUCAGGAAUGCCAACUCCCAGGAGGAGGCCGAGGAAUUGAAGGCCACCACGAGGGGCCAGGCUGGGCUCCCGGGAGGCCUUGUGUCUCCGGGCAGUGGGGACCAGGCUCAGAGAGUGGGCCACUCACUCUCCAUCUCCAAGGGCAGCAUCUCCAGGGAAGAGAAGGAGCAUCCGGCAGCACAAAAGGAGAAGAGCGUGGAUCAAGACUUCUGGUGCCCAGAUUCCUAUGACCCUAGCAGAGUGGAGAGGGUGUGAGGAAAUGCUGGCGGAGCUUGCAUUCCGUUGCUAAUUGAGUAUUCUCAAGGAGCUGAGAGAUUUAGUCUGUCAGCCCACUUCCCCAUGUAGAAGCUGGAAGCUGCUGGGUUUUUAGCAUCCUGAUAACAUUCUUUACCACUGCCACUAGGAAACUUGCCAUCCUCUCAGAAUUGCUUUGUGGCGAUAAAGCGAUCGUCCGUUGAAACCAUCUGUUUUUAUAGCAUGAAGAUUUAAUGCCUAUAAUUAGGAAGGAGUUUUCACAGAAACCCUCCCUCAUGACAGAUUUGACCAAGCUGGUAAAUAGUUGGUGUUGCUCUCGUUCUGGGUGAAGAUUUCAACGUGGAAGAUCCAGCAAAUGCUUUGGAAAGGCCUGUGAAUGGUGUGCUCCCCUCUGUGUCUCCAUGGCCUGCAGUACGUGCUCUUGUGAAGGAGUUUGGGACACAGGCUGUUGCCUGGUGUUUCAGCACUUCCAGUUUAGGGGAAAUGUGAAUCAAUAGGUAUGAUCCAUUUCUAAUCAAUUUGACCUUCUGCUGCUGGAAGUAACUUUACUUAUAAGUAACUUGCCAACAGAGAAUAAAAGCAAUAUCUUCUAAGUUCCUGAAAAAUUAAAACUUGUACUGUAAUAUACUAAGAGUAUUAUUUAUCUGGCAGUGAAAUAUUUUGAUCAGUUGCAAACAUGCCAUUGUCUGCUUUGCACUCAGUAUUAUCUAUUUUUAUUUUCUGUAUGGGUAUUUAGAAAUUCUUUAUAUGAAAAAUAAUUGCUGGUUUAAAAUAGACCAUUUUAACAAAGUGACUAUUUCUUUUUACGAAAAUGCUAUUUUUCUAUGAUGUAAACAAUUGUUAGGCGGCAGAUUUUUAAGGAAGUAUUAUUUUAUUUAAGAGUCUGUAUCCCUUUGUGUGAGAGGAACCCAAAGAGGGUUCACUUUUGCUUUAAAGCUCUGUCCCUUACCCAUUGACAGCUCUGCUACUUUUAUUUUAUCUUAGAAAAUGUCAAUAUAGACAUAUCACAGGGUUAAUAAAAUAAACUUUUCACAAAGAUUUUUGUACAAAUGUAGCUAUCAGGUUAUAUUUGAAAAUAACCCUCUCAAAACCAGCCAACAUUGUUAUGACAAUUUUUGCUGCCAUAUCAACUAGAAUUACCAAAAAACAUAGUUUUAUCUUUGUAUGUGUGUGGGGAUCUGCCCUGAAACCAUACUUUUCUCCCCACCCCGCCAUGCCACCCCUUUAAAGAAAUAUGUAUUUUUAUCUAGAAUGAUCUUGAAUUAGUCUCUGCGUAUUUUUAGAAAGUGCUUGGGGACGUUAUAUAUAUGACAUUACAAAAGUAUUAUGAGGCCUAUGUAUUCUACUGUGUUUAAUACUGCAUUAACCUGCACAAAGUUUAUGCAUUUUUUCCUUCUUUCUAAGUAAGGUAUUCUUGAUAGCUAACAUUCCCUAAAUCACUGCCUUUCCCUCCCUCCCUCCCUCCCUCCCUGCCUACCUUCCUUCCUUCCUUCCUUCCUUCUUUCCUUCCUUCCUCCCUCCCUCCCUCCCUCCCUUACUACCUCUUACCCUCCUUCCUUACCCCUGUCCUCCUUUUCCCUUUUAUUUUUUUCCCCUUCUCUUUCAUUUUAUUUUCUUUUAGAGAAACCACCUUAUCUAUUUUUAGACAUUUCAAAUUCCUAAAAUGUGAACCGUUGGGUGAUCUGUCCUUUGGCCCUAAAACGGCUGGCCUGGCUCUCCCGGCCUGUUCUCAUCUGCACCGUAUGAUUUUAUUUCAUAACAACUUUAUGUAUUUGGACUGUAACAAACAAAACAGAACCUAAGUCGCCCCGAAAAAUCUUUCCAAAUCUUUUCAAAACACUUAUCUGCAGUCCAGAAUUCAGCUCUUACGAAAAGUUAGAGUGCACUCCAGCUUUCACAGCAGCAGUAUGCGGAGGAAACGAAAAGUUCCUCUUCCCAGGAAAAAUUGAGUGGGGAAGAGUUCAGACACUGUUGUCGCUGGUGAAUCAUUCAAGUCACCUGGUAGUACCAAAUGAGGGCUGAGGUGCCUGGAGGUCUUUGUGGGGUCUUACUUCCCUCUUUAAAUGCAAACAUAAGAAGGUAUAUGUGUAUAUACAUUUAUGUACGUGCACAUGUAUACAUGUACGUGUACGCAUACAUACCCAUACAUGUAUAUGAACUCCGUUCUGACUUCCUCGGAAGUUUUGUUGAUACCAUCUAAAUACCUCUUUGAAUCAAAAUAACUGAAUUUUAGUUCAUUCCUCAAGAGAAAGAGAAGGAUCCCGGAGGAAGAAAAACUGUUGUACCUUCUGUGAUUCCCAAACCAAAAUGCAAUGCCCUUGUGUUUUGUUAUCUUAAAUUGUUACGUCUUUCUGAAACCAUUCUGAAUUAAGUUGAAAUUAUCAACAUUUAUACUUUAACUCUUCUAAACUUAAGCCUACAUGUAAAUCUUUUCUGGGGGGAAGGUAACUUUAAACGUUUACCUUGAAAAUUUGACCUUUAAACUUUCAUAUUCUAAGGUAAAUAAUAGCCUAUAACCAACAACAGCUUUCCCAGAGGUCUUGAAUUUAACACUAAUUAUUCAGUUGUUUCUAUUUCUCAUACAUACAUAACUUUGUUAUUUUUUUGUGGCUGGAAGAAAAAGUUUCUAUAUUUUGUAUUUGUCUUUGUUGUUCUCAUGCACACAGUUAACUGUUGGUGUUUAAUAAUUUGGAGCUCAUAAAAUUAAAAGUUGUAAUUUUGACCAUUUGGACUAAACAUUAUAUGAGGGAUUACAUGUGCAAUGGAUUAGUAUUUCUUGAUUUGCAAAAGAAGGGAUUAAAUGAUGGUAAUUUAGCUCAAAUUGCCUUUCUUUGAAGAAAAUUUCUGAAUGACUGAAAACCAAAUAUCUAUAUUAUCACUUUCAACCUCAUGUUUCUGCAAACUACAGAAAAACUCCUCGCUGACAAUGCACCCAGCCCCGACUGGGUUUUCAGGAUUAUGUCCAUGUGCAUAACUGCUUGGAUUUCUUCUUUUAAAGUCCCUAAAACAUGAAUCUGUUCUUCGAGAUCCUGGUUUCCUUAGCAGAGUUCCUUGCUGGUUUCAUUCAUGUGGAAAUUCUAAGUAGAACUUUUGCUGCCCCAUUUUACUGUUGGUGAAGGGCCAUUGUUAAUGGAAGUUUAUGUUUUCAAACUCAAAUGACUCUGAAACCAGACCCUGAUAAAUUUUUUUGCAGUAGCAAAAUGACUUAACUCUGACAGCAUCUCGGUUUGGGGCUUCUGAAGAAAAAGGAUGAAGCUGAUCAGUUGAAACAACUACUUUCCCAACUCAGAGGCAGAAGGGGCUGAUGGAAGAUAACAUUCACCUACCGUUUCAUCCUGUGACUCCCAAAGAUCAUGUUUGUGUGUUCUGGCUGAGUUUUUUAUUAUCGUUUGUUUUAAAUGAUUAAAUAAUACACAGUUAAAUGUCAGGAUAGCAUCUCUUGCAAAGGGACCAGUGCAGCAGAAUUGUCUCUCUAUCCGUAUUUGAGCUUAGAGAAACAUUUCCCAUGUCGUAAGUUCUUAGAAGCAAUUAGUUUAGCGUUUGGGAGCAUUGUUCUACCAGACCCAUUUGUGCAGGGGAGAUGAAGCUUAAAAGAUGGGAUGUGGGGUGGGAGUGUGUUUCUUAAGCCAAAGCUGUUGCAGGCCUGGGGGAUUUUUGCAUUUUUGUUUUGUUUUGUUUUUGACUGCAGAUUCUGUACAUCUGUCUGUGGGAGGAGAGUUGCUACUCAGGACAGGAUUUAAGAGACACAUUCCAGUGACCUUUAAGAAUCUGCAUGGCGGGAGGUCCUUCUCCAGGAGUGUGGGUUGGUCCACUCUGGGACCCACCACACUAAGAAGGGGGAGAUGAUAAAAUAACAUUAAAGGAAGAAUGGCCUCCAGCCUGCAGGUUUUGUUGGAAAGAAAUAAAAAGGGAGUCAUUAAGACCAUAAAUUCAGAUUGAGGCCUCUUGAAAAGGUUGAUGUGGGCUAGCAACCUGCCCGUCGAAACAGUCCUUGGUUCAUCAGCCGUGUGAGGAGGCAGCCAAGGCUCCUGCAGAUUCCUGACUUUGACCUUGGAAAGGCUCUGUGAUACUUGUGUGUACAAAUACAGCAGAGGACCGGGAGGUCCUUGUUCUGUGGUCUCUGCUUAGUGACUGAAACUUAUACCCAAAGGCAAGUCCAGAUUGUCUGGCCAUUCAUCCCCAUGCCUUGAAGCAAGUGAGGAGGAACCUUUCCGUAUGAAAGGCAGGCCCUGCUAGGGCUUACAACCAAGCCAAAGGACCAUCUCUUCUUUCUUCCACCUCCCUUCACCCCUGCCCUGCAGCAGAGCCGAGAUGUGAGACAUUCAUUGUCAUGGAGCAAGGAGACAAAGGCAAGUUCAAGUUGAGAAGCAUAUGGCAGCAAACAGAAAUGAAAACAAUAUGUCCCAGCCAGGGGGAAAAGCAGUCAUUUCCAGAUUAUAAAAAUCAAUGAAGUACUCUCCACCUGGGUCAGCUGAAAUUCGAGCCCUCACAGGCCUGUAAGAGAAGUUAAGCAGAAACAUCUCGGGGGGACUUCUAAAAUUUGGUGAAAACAAGGCCUUGCAACCCCAAAGAAACUUUUUUUUUCCCCCCCCUUGAAACAGGGUCUUGCUCUGUUGCCCAGCCUGGAGUGCAGUGAUGCGGUCAUGGCUCACUGCAGCCUCAAGCUCCUGGGCUCAAGCACUAUCCCCACCUCAACCUCCUUAGUAGCUGGGACUACAGGUGUGCACCACCGUGCCCAGCUAACCACAGAAACUUUCAUCUGUUUAUUCUUUCUUUGGGCACCAUUAAUACCUAAGACAGGUAGAAAGGGUCCCAGAAAGACACAAUUGGUAAUGGCCGAUUGCUGGCUGCAGUCCCCGCCCCCAGAUCAGGCUGGUACAGGAUAGCCUUAAGGUGAUGAGAGGUGAGGGUGCAUGAAGAAUAAUGAGCACAGGGAAGAGAGAAACAGGACAAAGCAACAGAUAAAAUGCCGGCAAAGCACAGAUGAAUGUCUUCAAGAAGCUCUUGUAUUUCUCUGCACAAUGUAAAUAUCCUUGCUAUUUCAGGAUGGCGGCUGGCCUGCUCAGUAACAUACAUGUUCCAAAUAAAGAUUUUGCAUGAAAGUA